UGUUUAAAGAGCAGAGAAGUGGGAAUCCGGAAGCCGCAUUCUGGACCUCCAGGAGCACUCGCUCCGUCCCCAGCAGCCCCUCCCGACUCCGCGCAGCCCCUGUGACCGCCCCGCAGCCCUCCUUGUGCCCGGCAGCUCCUCCGACCCCCCCUCCGAGCCCCGCCCUGUUCCCGGCAGCCCUCCAGAUCCCCCCGGCAGACUCCCACCCCACGCACCCCGCACGCCAGGACGCCGAACCUGGCCGGGGAUGGACAGGGAGGCGCGCGUGUUCGCCGAGAGCCACUUCCGAGGCCUCGAGGGGUGUCUCCCCCGCAGGGUCGGCCCGCAACUUGACCGUGUGGACUUCAUCGAGAAGCCGGACUCCUUUUCCUACGCCGACUUCUUCAAGGGUUACCUGCUCCCUAACUUACCGUGUGUUUUCUCCAGCGCCUUCACCGAGGGCUGGGGCAGCAGGAGGCUCUGGGUGACACCCAGCGGAAAGCCCAACUUCGAUUAUCUGCUUCAGAACUAUGGAGACGUGGUUGUACCUGUUGCAAAUUGUGGGGUCCGGGAAUACAACUCCAACCCCAAAGAACACAUGCCCCUCAGAGACUACAUCAGCUACUGGAAAGAGUACAUUCAGGGAAACUACUCCUCUUCACGGGGCUGUCUCUAUCUCAAAGACUGGCAUCUGUGCAGGGACUCCUCGGCGGAGGGCGUGUUCACCCUGCCCAUAUACUUCUCAUCUGACUGGCUCAACGAGUACUGGGAUGCCCUGGACGUGGAUGACUACCGCUUCAUCUACAUGGGGCCCACCGGCACCUGGUCGCCGUUCCAUGCUGACAUUUUCCGCUCCUUCAGCUGGUCCGUCAACAUCUGCGGGAGGAAAAAGUGGUUCUUCUUCCCACCGGGGCAAGAAGAAGCCCUGCGGGAUUGCCACGGUAGCCUGCCUUACGAUGUGACCUCCCCCACACUCCUGGAUAGCCGCCUACACCCCAUGCGAGAUCACUGUAGCCCACCACUGGAGGUCACACAGGAGGCAGGCGAGAUGGUGUUUGUGCCCAGUGGGUGGCACCAUCAAGUCCACAACCUGGAGGACACCAUCUCCAUCAACCACAACUGGGUCAACGGCUGUAACCUGGCCAACAUGUGGCACUUCCUGCAGCAGGAGCUCUGUGCCGUGCAGCAGGAGAUCAUUGAUUGGAGGGACAGCAUGCCCGACUGGCACCACCACUGCCAGGUCAUCAUGAAGUCCUGCUCCGGGAUUAAUUUCGAGGAAUUUUAUCACUUCCUCAAGGUCGUUGCUGAAAGGAGGCUUCUCCUCCUGGCGAAGGGGAUGGGUCCUGGCAAGGUGGAGGGCGGCAAGGGCACCAGGCUGGGCCCCGAGCAGGCCGCUUUUGACAUCGGCCGCAUAGCUGAGGUGCUGGAGUCCGUGGUGGCCCACCCUGACUUCCAGAGAGUGGACACCAGUGCAUUCUCACCACGGCCAGAGGAGCUCCUACAGCAGCUGGGGGAGGCUGUGGCCGCCACCACAUCCCUUUAGUGCAUGCUGCAAGGAUCGGGUGCAGCACAUCCUUGGGGGACCCUGGAGGCACCAGUGUGGAAGGCAGUCACCCUGUGCUGGGUCCCUUCUGGAAAUAAAGCUCUGUCCUCCUG